UGUUUGUCGUUUGAGCGCGUUGGUCUGUUCACUUUUAGCCAAAGCCGCUGUUUUGGUAGUUCAACUAUAUAUUGUCAACGUUACUUAUUAGCCCAGCCCCAAAAUGAAAUUCGAACUAACUGUUGAGCGUGGACCAUGUGAUUCCGAAUUACGUGGCUGGUGCCUGGGCAUUGCUAUCUAUUCAUUAGUUUCGAUUGCAUUAAAUGUGCUAUUUGUGCCAUCGACUCUCACCUUCAUUGGAUUCGCCAUUGCGCUAGUGACAAACAUUUGUUUACUCAUCGGUUGCCUGCGCUUCCACCACUUACUCGUUGGCAUCUGGUUGAUCUACCCGCUUUUGAUUGCCAUCAACUUCCCAUUUGCCAUUUUGGGCAGCAUCUUUCAUUUUGGCGGCUAUAGAGAGGCCGCUGGCUCGAAUAACGUUUUCUUUGCGCUUAUGUACUAUAUUAUAUUCUUUUUGAUCACCGCAUUCUGUGCUCGCAUUGUCUACUCCUAUCACUUGCAUCUGAAGAAUCGUCAGAGCCAGCCACAGCACUCGGUUGUUGUUUGAAUCUCAUCGUUGAUGCCAUUGAAAUCACCCCCACCCCCACUCAGUGAUUUUUACUUAAGUGUUCUUUGUAUAACAUAUGAAUUUAAAUCUUAAAAAUAAACUAAUAAGUGUUUUACACCAAAAUGA